AAUAUGGUAAUAAAUGGUUGGAGGGCAGUGGUCACUUGUUAAAUGACAGUGGUCAUCUAUCAGAGGGUAGUGGUCAUCUAUCAGAGGGUAGUGGCCAUUUAUCUGAGGGUGGUGGUCAUCUAUCAGAGGGAAGUGGUCAUCUAUCAGAGGGUAGUGGCCAUUUAUCUGAGGGUGGUGGUCAUCUAUCAGAGGGUAGUGGUCAUCUAUCGGAGGGGAGUGGUCAUCUAUCAGAGGAGGGUGGUGGUCAUCUAUCAGAGGGUGGUGGUCGUCUAUCAGAGGGUGGUGGUCAUCUAUCAGAGACUACUGGUCAUCUAUUAGAGGGUAGUGGUCAUCUAUCAGAGAGUGGUGGUCAUCUAUUAGAGGGUAGUGGUCAUCUAUCAGAGGGUGGUGGUCAUCUAUCAGAAGAUAGUGGUUAUCUAUCAGAGGGUGGUGGUCAUCUAUCAGAGGGUAGUGGUCAUCUAUCAGAGACUACUGGUCAUCUGUUAGAGGGUAGUGGUCAUCUAUCAGAGAGUGGUGGUCAUCUAUCAUAG